AAUUUGCGUUUCAGAUGUGCUAAGUUUGACUAUUGGACCUUCCGUGGCAAGAGUGUCGGGGAUAUUUGAAGCACGUUACACGUUGUGGAAGCCCUUUGACUGUCAAAACAAUAAAUUUCUUCGAUAGCUCGAUUGAUUGGCCGAGUGCGGAUCAGAGGUGUGAAAAUCUCCCAGCUUCGGACAACACCCACGGCACGUCUAGACUAUUUUAACUGCCCUACACAAACAUUUUGCUAAAGAUUUCACGCGUUCCUGUACUCCUGCGACUUUGCACAGAUCGAAGGCAGUCUGUCGUGCACCGCACCAUUUCGUGACCUCGGGAAAACCACCGGAAAAUUUUUAGAAAAAUCUGACUACUAUAGGUGGAUCUUUUAUACUGAACACAACAUGAACAAAAUUUGGCGGCCAUGGCUCGACAGCCCCGAAGAUCACCAAAGAAAGCAGCGUCAAGUACGAUUCACGCCCUAUAGAUCACCAAGUGCAACAGGGAAUAUACAGCAACAACCACAAUUUAGACAUCCGGUCAGGUUACUCUGGACAAAAGGCGCAUAUGAUUACAUGUACGCAUCAGGAGAAACAUUACUACGGAAUUUCCCCGUUCAAGCGACCAUCCAAGUCGUAGAUUCUAGUGACGGCAGUGACGAUGAGGACGAUGAAGAACUCGAAUGCGAUGAAAAAGAAAAUGAAAAGAAAGUAAAACAGUAGACAAUUGUUUAAAAAAAGUAGCUAUUCUAUACAUAAGUAAAUAAGAAAUCCUGCAAAGGUGGAGCUAUAUAUCUAUGCGACGAUACCGAAAAUGCAUUUGUAAAUUAGAGGUGCUUUGAGCUCCAAAAUGGAACAGAUCGAGUUAGAUAUUAUAAGUUGUCAGCAAAUGCCCCUAAUAGAACACUUUUAGAUAGUUUAUUGUAAAACCAAAGCAAUCGCUAGGCCAGGGCCAAUCAGGGCGAAGGAUGCUAGUACAAGGAGCCAAUGGGAACUCAAAGAAAGUGUCCUAUCACACACGAAACUCUCUAGAACCAGCAAUACGCUACGGCAACCAUGGUAAGAGACAAAACGUUCACUCGAAAAUGUCCUCAUGGACGUAAUUGCGCCCUCUACAUUAGUUAUCAACGUUUUUUUUUUUUUUUAAUAUAUAUCAAGACGCUUGCUUUGCCAAAGCAGUUUACCCUUAUACACUUUUAUAAAUACGGAAAGAUAUAUACAAUUCUAAAAACGUCAAUGUUGAUGGUUGGACAAACAGUCUAAAUGGUAUGUGUAGCCGCUAUACUCGGAAAUUGCUCUUAAAAGAAGAUAAUAGUUCCAAACUUGAAGGGUUUUGAAGAGCACCCGAACAUCAAUGAAAAUUAGGAAAUCUCUUUGUUUAUUAAUUCUACCGACAAACAAUUGUAACUCAUUGUAUAUGAUCAUCUUGUAUAAACAAAGUUUAUUUUCUGUAGCUUUUAAUUCAUCCACACAAGUCUCUGGUACAAGCUGUAGCACUCUCUCUUUAUUUUUACUUCAAAGAAACGUACUUCAGGUGAUCAGUAUGAACCACAAAAUGGUUCUUGUGUGGAUAAAAGCACUGACAUACAUUUAUCAUACAAGCUGUGCUUACACCUUUGUACAUUUUAAAGUUGAUAAUAUUUAAAUAUUUUAUGAAUGAAUUACGAUAAUAAAUAAACGCUAUUGGAAUGGA